CAGAAACAACAAUGGCUUCCUUGAAAGAAAUAGUGAUUAUGUAUCAAAGUUUAAAGCGAGAAUGGGACAAGAAACCGGCUAAUCUCGAUCGAUGUGGUGAAUUGUUAUCAAAAUUAAAGAUUGCCCUUACCCAAGUCUCCUUCCUGCCCACAGAUGAAGCAGCACCAUCAAAACAAGAAUUAUUGGUGGCAAGAGAUAUCCUUGAAGUUGGGGCACAGUGGGCCAUAGCUAAGAAAGACAUCCCGGCAUUUGAAAGAUACAUGGCACAGCUCAAAUGCUACUACAUGGACUACAAAGAUAACCUCCCCGAGUCCACAUACAAGUACCAGUUGCUGGGUUUGAAUCUCCUCUGCCUUCUUGCACAGAACAGAGUAGCAGAAUUUCACACAGAGCUUGAGCUACUGCCUGUAAAGGAGCUCCAGAACAACAUCUACAUCAAACAUCCUGUCUCCAUGGAGCAGUACUUGAUGGAAGGCAGCUAUAACAAGGUUUUUCUGGCUAGAGGAAAUGUUCCUGCUGAUAACUACAAUUUCUUCAUCGACAUUUUACUGAACACAAUAAGGAAUGAGAUUGCUGGGUGUAUUGAGAAGGCAUAUGAGAAGAUAGCCCUGAAUGAAGCAGCCCGGAUGUUGUUCUACGAUUCUGUAAAACAGAUGAAGGAAUACGCACAACAGCGGAAGUGGGACCUAAAGACUGAUGGAUUUUUCUACUUUGCUCAGGAAGAGAAAGACACGGAUGAUGUAAUACCAGCCAAAACCCUGGCUGAACAGACUAUCAUGUACGCACGGGAACUCGAAAUGAUUGUCUAGGACUUGCUUGUCAAACAUUGUGUACGAGAUUGUGUGAAUGCGCUCAUUUAUUUAUUCGAACCACACAUACUUAUAUUUACUGUAGUAAAAACGUGGAAUUGUUCUCAGAUGCAUCAAUGAUGAUAUGGUCGAAUUUUAAAUGAGGAAUUUAUUUCUGAAACAUUGUGGCAGGACUAGUUUUGCAUUUAUGUAUUUGUCAAAAUGUUUUCUGAAUACAAACACCAUAUACUUA